UUGAAGGACAAUUUCGUAAGUUUGUCAAUCCAAACGGGAAUCGCUGAGACUCCCGGACGUCGACGAGUAUUCAGCACUGCCGAUGGGCACAAUUUAUACGUUGCAGACAACGACUUCAACAAUUUCUCUGCCAUUCGAACCCUUUUCGAAGAUGCGGGUCCAUGUGUUGCGGGAAGUCCACACUCAAUUUUGAUGCUACCCGUUUUCAUCACUAGCGACGUUUUGGAUAAGCUGGUUCUGCUAGCGAGAUGUCGCACGGCAUCAGGCUCAUUUAUGCCCGAGCAAACCGACUCACUUCUAAGUAAAGCAACUGCUCCUGAGUUACUAAAAAUGAUCGAGGUAAGUGUUCUCAAGGUAGUAAAGUUCUGA